CGCUAGCCUUCUGCCUUGAACGAAACGGCAGUGGCCGACAGUAGAGUGUUGUACGGUACGGUUUUUGGUUGGUUGGUCCGCGGUUCGUUCUCGCGUUGCGUUGCGUCUCGGGGAAAAAAGAGUGUCGUGAGCUUAAAUCAGCAUCAGUAGGUUAUAGGCAGCAGAGUUAAAAACAUUGCAACAGACUACAGCGACGACGACGAAGACGAUCCAUGGAGAAGAAGAUUCAACAGCAACAGCACACUUAGCAGAAACACAAACACAAUUGGGCAGCAAACAGGGCAAGCAAAAUCAAGUGAGAAGCAAUCGUUCGUGUGGGGGGAAGGGUAUCAAAUCAGGAGUGAGUGUGUGUGAGUUUUUUUUUGUGUAAACCGGAAGGAGCAAGUGGAGAAAAAAGGGGGCCAGAGAGCGCCGCCCAGCCGGGAAAAUUGGAAGAGUGAAAGGAAGCAAAUAAGUAAAAAAAAAAUCGGUGCACAACAUGAUCAGAUGAUUUGCCAUAUUUCGCCAAACACGCUCUGUGGAUGCUGUCGAUUAUUAUUGGCACUGGAAGAAGCAUCAGCAAGAAGACACUACGGCGAUCAAUCGAUCGUUUUGAGCUGUUGAGGUUGUGACGAUGAGAUGAUCGUGAGAUGGCCCAGUUGCCUUUAUUAUUGAUUGUGAUCAUGAUGCUGAUGAUGAUGUUGAUUGGUGUGUAUUGGUGAAUGCCAGCUGUGUAUCAGAGAAAAUAGGUAAACCAACAGAGAAGAAAAAAAAAUCCACAAGAAGAAUCAGCUGAAGUGAAGUGUGCAGCAAGCAGCAACGAUGAUGAUGACGAAAACGAUCCGACAACUGCAAAUGUUCGGCUCAGUGAAAUCGGUAACGGUGAGAUGAAGAGUUAAGAAGAUCAUUGUGGAAAAAAAAGAGUUAAGCCUACAUGGACUUUGCCGGCCUCUAUCUGUUGUUGUGGCCCUCCGACGACUUGAAAGCUUCUUUCGACACCCACCCACCCCCGCAAGUGUUAGUUCGAGUUCCAAAGAGUUCGAAAAGAGGUUCAACUUUAGUUAGUGUUGAGUUUUUUUAUUCGGUACGGAAGAGCUAAAACAGAAGCACAAACAAAAGAAAGCAAACCCCCAAGAAGAUAUAAAUAACCAUAACAAGGAGAAAAAAAAGAAACCAGCAACAACAUCACCGCAAAGAGUGGCCGCCAAACUGGCGAAGGCGAAGGUGCAAGGCAAGGAUCGGAGGAAUCGGCGGAGGAGUUGCUGGAGUAGUAAGAAGUGGUGGUGGUGGCCAAAGAAGGUCAUAAAUUGCCCCAUCGGAUCGGAACAGUAUCGUCAUCAUCGCCGCCGCGUUGGAGGAUUUCUUGCAAGGGAACGCAAACGUGUGCACCGAUCGGUGGAGAAACUCAGGCCAUUGGGCUAUGGAUCCAAUAUUCUACUCUCCACCGAAUGGAGUACCGUCGGAAAGCAAAUUGGCCACUUAUAUGAGCCGUCAGAACGUCUCAACACCGACUUAUGGAUUGUCUACGGGUCUCACAAAACUGAACCUAGAUUCUCCGAUUUCGAUUAAGAAAACUCAGGUGACGCCACAGUCGCCAGAAUUCAUUCCAACCAACCGACUGACCGCAUCGUCAUCACCGAACUUUUACUCGAGCUACUCGAUACUCGGUAGCAACGGCAGCGUCGCGGGAAACGGCGUAGGAGCAGGAGCUGGCGUGGGCGUGACCAUCCCAGGGGCCAUUUCCGGUUCCGGCAACGGCAGUGUGGCAGCGAGCACCACCAACAGCAAUGGUGCAACCGCAGUCGUCGGAAUCCCGCAGGCAGCGCAGCUUUCAUCGGUGGCGACGGCGAUCGUUCCGGGGAUGGGCGGCGGAGGAGGAGGAGGUGGAGACAGGGCAGGUGAAAGAGGGGGAGGCGGAAGUGCCGGUGGAUCCAAAUCUCAGGCCAGCAGCUACGGCAGCAGUAUACUUGGGAGCUCGCUCAGCAACAGCUCGACCUACGCCGUUACGCCAAUUAAGGGUCGAAGUUUACUCCGCAACGAAUCACCGCAGAGCACCAAUACAUCUCCUCGAAUUACGCCUCAGCCAUCGCCCCCGCCAAUUACGACCAACAUUCAUCAGGAGAAUGUUGGCGGCACGACCUACUUCUAUCCGACCGCGGCGAACCAUCAACUGGCACCGAGCAGUACAGUUAACACGACUGAUAACACAUUUGUCCACAUAGCCAGCUCACAAAUUAAUCUAAGUUACUCGCAUCCAGGACAUGUUUACCCGGGACCUGCAUCGCACGUCGUCAACAUGCAGCCCAAGGCACAGGUAUCGAUGGCGUACUUCCUGCAGGACGAACUGAGAAAUGAUAUUUUAACUAGGAACGAAAUAGUCAAUAGUAUUGAAACCGAGUGUCAAGAUUUACCUCUAGAAGUGGAGAACUACCACUCCCUCUGUCUGCUGGAGUCUCUGCCAGUCCAUCCGAAGCUACCGGUAUCGUCGUCCACCUACCGGGCAACACACAAUCUAACGGGCGUGAAGUACUGCCUUAGACGCCUUCAUGGUUUCCGUCUCCAGUCGACCAAAUGCAUCCAGAUGGUCGACCUGUGGAAGAAACUACAGCACACGAACGUCGUACAGCUGCGCGAAGUGUUCACCACAAAAAUCUUCGGUGAUAACUCCCUGAUCAUAGUCUAUGACUACCAUCCCGGGUCCCAGACGCUGCUAUCGAAGUACUUCCUACCCGGUGGCGAAGCCACGAAUGGCUAUUCCGAUCCAUUCUCCGGCGAAGCACGACCUUUCAGUCACAAAAGUUCCCUACACCGAAAUGCCACCAGUACGCUACUGCCGGAGAACGAAAUCUGGUCAAUUAUCAUCCAGCUGACGGCCGGUCUCCGGGCGAUCCAUCAAGCUGGCCUGGCCUGUCGAACUCUGGACCCAACGAAGAUCAUCAUCACCGGUAAGCGGAUACGAUUCAGCUGCGUGGCCAUUUCGGACAUUGCCGCCUACGAUCCAAGCCAACCGAACCCACUGUCCGCCGUUAGUCACCACCAGCAGGAUGACCUGUCGGCCCUGGGUAAACUGAUCCUGGCCCUUGCAUGCCGAAACCUCCAGUCCGUACAAAGGGAUCAGAUUCAGAACAGUAUUGAAGUGAUAUCGCGCCACUACUCGUCGGAUUUGAGGAACAUUGUUUUAUACUUACUGUCGUCAAGCAGUCGACGCUCGGUGACUGAAAUCAUGCCGAUGAUCGGUGCCCGAUUCUACGUACAACUCGAUGCAUUACAAGCCCAAUGUGAUAUCCAGGACGAUGAGCUGGCGAAGGAGAUGGAAAACGGGCGGCUGUACCGGUUGCUGGUCAAGCUAGGCACCGUAAAUGAACGGCCUGAACUUAACCUGGACGUCACCUGGUCCGAGACGGGCGACCGGUACAUGCUGAAGCUGUUCCGCGACUACCUCUUCCACACCGUGACCGAGGAGGGCAGGCCUUGGCUGAACCAAUCGCACAUCGUGCAGUGUCUUAACAAGCUGGACGCCGGUACUAUGGAGAAGGUCCAACUUAUGUCACGUGACGAACAAUCAGUAUUAGUGGUAACUUACGCUGAACUGAAACACUGUUUAGAGCAAGCAUUUUCUGAGCUGGCAGCAGCGGCAGCGCCAGUGUAAAGCUGGCGAUAAAACGAAGAAGUACGAAAUAUGAUACACACACACACAGACACAAAAACGGCUGGCUGCUCGUGCUGCCGAUGAAACAAAAAAAAACUAUUCAUUACGAAAACCUUAUUGUUAAAAACUGACAAAACCAGGAAAUCGAAAAAGAAAACCGUUGAGGCUUGAGAUGCGCUGUGUGAAUGUGAGCAACAACCAACAACCAAUAGGAAGCAGAAGGAAGCAAUUGUGAAAAAUAAUGUUCUCAAAACAAACAAACAAUGUGUUAGUAGGAAAACAAAGUUUGAUUGAAUGUGGUAGAAAACAAAAAAAAAUAAAACAAGCGAAAAGUGAGUUACAAGUUACAAGUAAGGUAAAACGUAAACAAAAUGAUGAAAAUAAAGCUGAUAUAUGAUGAAGAUGAAGAAGAAAAAGUACGCAACCAACAAUGAUGUAGAUUUAGAGAGUAAUGACCCUUUAAAAAAAACAAAACAAAACGUGGAGAGAGAAAGCGAAAGAAUGCAGUUUCUUAUAGAAGUACUGUUCGUGAUCUUAUUUGAUCUUAUUUUUUAUACACAUACACCCUACGACGAAGAAGAGGAAGAAAGCGAAGAAGAAUGAAUCAUUACAAUAGUGAACGAGGUAAAUAAUUGAUGAAACACAACACAAGUUUAAAAGAAGGUAAACAAAAAUAAACACGUAGCAAUGCAAACGAGUAUCAUUGUGCGAGUUAUCGAGGAAGGAAGUGAACAACACAAAACUAAACUACAUGGUAGCAAAACGAUAUUUACAACUGAAAAAAAAAACAAAUGGAACGAAAAUACACAAACACAGACAAAAAUACCCCAUCACCCACACACACAAACACAGACAAAAAACCACUGAGAAUGGGAGAGAGAAUGUUAUUGUAGAAGUAGAGAUGGUAAAAAGUGUGACUUAGAAUACACUCAAAAUAAAAUCAAUCUUAAACAUUAAAGGAAAAAAACAAGCAGCAGCAAGUAGGUGUGCUUCGAUGUGGAGUAAGUUUUUUACUAAGAGAUUAGACAGAAAAGUAGCGACGUAUCGACUAAAAAACUGAUGGCAACUCUGUUGUUACAAUGAGAAAACGUGAUAAGGCACGAUCGUGUUUAGAGAUGUCCCAAGUUAGAAAAAAAUACCGAAAAUGGCAGCAUAAAUUCUAGACAGAACAUUCUGAGUCAAAUAGUUUGUUUUAUUUUUCAAAAUCUUCAUUUACAAUAGAAAGUCUAUCAAUUGAAAUUUUUAAAAAGUUAUGAGUGAUAUUGAUGAGUGAUGAUUCAGAAGUCAAAGCCAAAUUUGAAAAAAAGAAAAUAAUGAACGAGUUGUUUCAGAACUCAAAUUCAAAAUUAACUCUUUAAAAUAAUUAAAACAGAUCAUGUUGAGUUUAAAAAAAUAUUGAUAUUUCUUUCGUUAUGAGUUAAAAAAAAUGUGUAGUCUUUCAAAUUCAUUUACUUUUUGUUCUUUCAGUUGAACAAGUUCUUUUUUUUGUUAUUUCUUCAUAUACAAAAACCUUAAAUUCACAAGAUGAACGACGAAAAAUUGAUAAUUAGACUUACCUCAAGCUCCCUGAUUUUUUUUCAAUAUUCAACAUCAAAUCUCUCCCACAUGGAAGAACAAAAUAGUCUUCGUUUUGGAAGGUUUGUUCGAGACGUGCGUUAUUUUUUUAUCCCCAAAACAUUGUUCCACAGCUCUUCCCGGCGGUUAUUCCUCGAAAAGAACCAAAUCAAAUCAAACCAAACCAAAAAUAAACCAACAAGGAAGAACCAUUUUAUUAUUUUUGCGUAGAGAUAAAACCUUAACGAACAAACAGCAUUUCCGGCCAAUAAACAAAUUAACACGAAAAGUGAGAAACACAAUUCACCGGUACCAUUCAUAGAGAGUGACUCAAACGGAGAGAGGAGAAAACAGAGAACGAAAGUGAUGUUAUGAGAUAGAGAAAGUCGAAAGGGUUUCUAUAGGCAUUUUUUCAACCAGAGUUGAGAAAUGACCCAGAUUUUAGUGAAAAUGUAGAAAAUACUAGAAAGACCAGGUCGAGAUUUUAAACCUCUUUACUACAGAAAGGAAAAAAACAACACCCUAACGAUAGAACUGCACAAAUUUUCCUAUUUGCGAGAGUUGAUAAAUUGAGUGAUUUUGAGAACAUCGACUCUCACUAGAAUUGGAUAAAAUAUAAAAAGAGAAAUUUUCCAUGUGACGCUCUCAGAAGACGGAUGAAAUUUAGGAAACCCGAUAGAUGAACUCGUUGAAAGGAAUAGUAAAACAUCUAGACGUUUGCAGAGAUGAUAAUUGGUGAAAAACAGAAAUCAUAAAGUCGACAAAUGCACUCACUCAAUGUGAAACACAAAACAUAGAACACUCAGACAGGGAAGUUAACUAAUCGUUUUGAGAAAGAAUGGGAAUGAGAACAUCGAGAGGCCCCCGUGAAACAAAUCAGAGAAUCCAGAGAACGAACUGUGAGAGAACCAUGGAAACUAAAGCAGAAAUGGCAAAAGAAACGCACGCUGAGAGCAAAAGGGUAAAAUUUGUAAAAAAAAAACAAAGGAAGAACAGAGAAAACAUUAAUAUAGAUUUGAUUGAAGAAAUAAACCACAACACUCACACACUCACUCAUAAGAAAAGGAAACAUAUAUAGAAAUGGCGAAAGACUUUUUACUGUGACAAAUAAUAUUUAAAAGAGAGAAGAAGAAAAAAUUACAUAAAACCGAGUAAACCAACUGAGAAAAUACACCCCUUUUAAAUGAGAGAUAGAGAGAGUAUGAACGAAAUCUAAACGAGAUUCGAGGAGAAAAUAUAGAGUUAUAUUUGUAAUAAAAAUGAGAGAAAAUGAAACUGCACAAAUAAAAAGGACGCUCAGACUAACGAAGGACAAAAUUUGAAAAUAGUAACCUUACAAGAGAUAGAUCAUCAAAUCAGUAGUAGAUUAUCUGUUGUAUUUUGUAUCUUUAUAACCCGAAGUACUAAUCUCUUAGAAUACUCGACAACGACUGGUUCGGAAACUUUUGAUUCACGCAGAGACACUAUCCAUGUUUUUUCUCUUCUUAUUAGUAUCAUCGGAAUACACACGUGCAAUUGGGUGUUGCAAAAAUGUUGAUCUCAAACUCAUCGACUAAACACAAGAAUCAGAUUAUCCGUAGAAGAAUUCUAGAGAUUGUUGUUUUUUGUUGUUUUUUCUACUUGAUCAGUUUUUCUCCACAAACUCACUUACAUUUGACUCAGUCUAACAUAUUGACCUGGGGGUACGCGGAUUACAUUGACGAAACGGCUAAAUUAUUAUUGUAUAGAAUUAAACGAAGCAGAAGCAGCAAACAAAAAACUUAGGAAACGAAUAAAGUGGGAGGGUAUACAAGUGUGUGCGUGCAUGAGAUACAGAGAGAGAAAGUAAGUUGAAACAGAAGACGUUAAACUACAUAUAUGACGAAAUAAAUAAAAAAAAAAACAAAACAAAAACUCAAGAAUAAAAAAACAAAUAAAAAAAAGUCGAGCAGAAAAUACUUACAUGAUGAGAGAUGAAGAGAAAAAAAAAUGUUAAAAAUGUGGAAAAAACCCCUUUUUGGACAAGCUAUUGUGUCCAAAAACCAGAAUAAAAACGAAUAAAA